AUGCAGCACGACUGCAUCUCGCUGGCUGAAGUCAUUACCACCUGGUCUUUGACUUCAUGGGACCAAGUUAGAGCAGCUUUCCUGGACCACUUCUACACGAAGUCCAAGAAUGCAGCUCUAAGGACGAAGAUCGCAUCUUUCCAGCAGUAUGAUGGAGAAGCUUUCUGCGAAGCAUGGGAGAGAUACAAGGAGUGCCGAAGAGAGUGCCCUCAUCACGGAUACUCUGACGAGCAGAUCCUGAGCAUCUUCUAUGAUGGAGUCAACUGGGACUACAGGAAUGCUUUGAACGCAGCCAGCAAUGGCGAUUUCAUGACGAAGUCCAAGGAAGGUGCAUUCGAGCUGAUCGAGAAUCUUGCAGCGAGCUCGAGCAACAAGAACGCUGAGUACGACAGAACAGUGAGCACUGUAUCUGUCAAAGGAAGCAGUGCUGAUGCGAAGAAGAUUGAGGAGCUCACUGCUAAGGUGAAUCUAUUGAUGAAGGCGCAGCAGAAGUCUGUUCAUUUUGUUGACGAAACGAUGAUGCACCUAUCUCUCAAGAGUUUGGAGGAGAGGAGAAGACGAUGA